AUGGAUAGAGAGCAGGAAGAGCUUCAGUUUCUGGGUUUCUUUGGCAUACUGAAAGAAUCCUUCAAAAUCAUAUUUUCAUGGAGAAAAAUCUUCAGCCAAAUAACUCUAGCCCUUAUUUUCCCUCUCUCUUUCAUCUUCCUAGCUCACAUACAAAUCUCUCAGCUCCUCUUUAUAAACAUCUUGAGAGACCAGGACGCCUUGAAUUAUACCAGAGUUGGGUCUUCCAGGUAUACCAAGCUGUCUGAUAUACUGUCAUCCGAAUGGACUGCGUUUUGGCUCUUCAAAGCUGCAUAUUUCACUUUCCUUCUCAUCCUCUCGCUUCUCUCAACCUCAGCUGUUGUUUACACAAUUGCAUGCAUCUACACAGCCAAGGAGAUCUCCUUCAAGAAGGUCAUGAGUGUUGUGCCCAAGGUUUGGAAACGACUUGUUGUGACUUUUCUCUGGAGUUUCACCAUUGUUAUGGUCUACAACGUCAUUGCUGCAGUCUUGUUACUCUCGUCGGUUGCUUUCCUAGGACUUAGCAACGUUGGAGUCGUGAUUUUUGUUGUUCUCUUCAUCUUAUACUUAUCAGGAUUCGUUUACAUCACCCUCGUUUGGCAUCUGGCCAGCGUUGUUUCAGUGUUGGAAGAUGUUUAUGGGAUCAAAGCCAUGAUCAAGAGCAAGGCCCUGAUAAAGGGUAAGAUCGGAGUUGCAGCGGCCAUGUUUCUUCUGCUUGUCCUUUGUUUUCUUGGGAUUCAGUUGCUGUUCGAGGGUGGUGUGGUGUUUGCUCCGGUGAGCACUGAAAUCAAAAUUGUGAUUGGAAUCCUUUGCUUCUUGCUGCUUUUCAAGGUUAUUCUCUUCGGGCUUGUUGCUCAAACAGUCAUCUAUUUUGUCUGCAAAUCCUAUCACCAUGAGAAUAUAGACAAGUCUUCUUUAGCAGAUCAUCUCGAGGUUUAUCUUGGGGAGUAUGUUCCUCUCAAGGCCAAGGAUGUCCAACUGGAGCAAUUCCAUGUGUAA